UGCAACGACCAUAACUUUCUCAUAGAGCAAAAACAUGUUCUCCAAACAGACCAUCAAGGUCUCCAAUCCAAACCCAAACUUUGAUGAGCAUCUAUGGAUAAUUCACAUCCGUAGAACCAUUGAAGAAGAGCUUGAAAAUGAAAGUGAAGUUCCCGUUUCCAUAUUCAGUGUUCCUAAAAUCCUGAUGACUGCAGAUCCUGAUUCCUAUACUCCACAACAAGUUGCAAUCGGUCCUUACCAUCACUGGCGCCCUGAGAUUUAUGAGAUGGAGAGAUACAAGCUCGCCGCAGCAAAAAGAACUCAGAAACAACUCCAGAACGUCAAGUUUCAGUACAUUGUUGAUCACUUGACUGAGCUUGAGCCGAAAAUUCGAGCAUCUUAUCACAGGUUUCUUGAUCUCAGUAACGAAACUUUAGCUUGGAUGAUGGCUAUUGAUGCAUCAUUCUUGCUAGAGUUCCUGCAAAUUUAUGCUAUUAAAGAGGGUAUGUCAAUCACGAGAGUUUCAACAAGAAUGUCUCAUUUGGUUGAUUAUGCCGGGAAAAAAUCUGCACAUAACGCGAUUCUUAGGGACAUGGUGAUGUUGGAGAAUCAAAUCCCUCUAUUUGUAUUGAGAAAGAUUCUAGAAGUUCAGUUCUUGUCGUUGGAACUCGCUGAUGAAAUGCUUCUUUCGAUGCUAUCAGGAUUCUCGAAAGAGCUUUCUCCUUUCAAGAUGACGAAGGAAGCAAGAAAGAUCUCUAUUUCCCAAUGUGCGCACUUGCUAGACUACUUGUAUGAAAUGAUUGUGCCGAAAAUAGAGGGGGCCCUGCCGCCUCAGCGGGAGAUAACUGAGACCGAGGAUCAAGAUGAAGAAACCAAGGAAGGGAAAGAAAGAUCAUCCACGUAUUCAAGUUACGUGAAAGAUCUUUUCGAUCAGAUAUUGAAGAUAAUCUCAAAGGUAAAUAAAGGUCCUUUAAAGAUUCUCAAGAAGCUGAUAUUUUCAAAGCCUAUUAAGUUGAUACUCAAAUUGCCAUGGAAAAUCCUCUCAAAUCUUCCUGGUUUUUCAAUCUUGAAACAACCUGUUGACUACCUGAUGUCCGCAGAAGAUAAAGAGGAAAUCAAACCAGAGAAUGAUAGCUCUAACAGUGAAGCAAACAAGCCUCCAUUAGUAGAGGAGAUAGCAAUUCCUUCUGUUGCUGAGCUAUCAAAAUCCGGUGUACGUUUCUUACCCACUACUGGUAACAUCUCAAGCAUUAGUUUUGAUCCUAACACAGUUACGUUUCAUUUCCCCAUAAUAAGCUUAGAUGUGAAUUCAGAGGUUGUGUUAAGAAACUUAGUAGCAUAUGAAACAUCAACUGCAUCAGGACCAAUGGUUUUUACACGUUACACUGAACUAAUGAAUGGGAUUAUCGACACUGAUGAAGAUGUUAAGUUACUCAGAGAAAAGGGCAUCGUUUUAAACCGCAUGAAGAGUGACAGAGAAGUUGCAGAUCUGUGGAACGGAAUGAACAAGUCUAUUAAACUUACAAAAGUCCCUUUCUUGGAUAAGGUGAUUGAAGAUGUUAACAAAUAUUACAAUGGAAGGUGGAAAGUAAGAGUUGGGAGUUUCAUGAAGAGUUAUGUGUUUGGUUCUUGGCAGUUUCUAACAUUACUUGCUGCAGUUUUUCUUUUGAUGUUGACUGCAUUACAAGCCUUUUGCUCAGUCUACAGCUGUUCUCGCUUAUUUAAUAUCAGCACUGAUGAAUCUGGCUAGUUCCCUUCAUGCAUGGCUAGGCAUGAAAUCAUUCAUUUCUCGUAUACCCUUUCCUUGUUUUCUUUUCCUUUUCAAUUUAUUAUGGGAAAUUGGGGAUGUUUAUAUGAAUAUUUGUGGGUGUUUAUCUGUUAAUCAAGAGCAAAGUUAAGCGUGUAUCUUCCACUAAUCUAGGAAUGUUUGCUUGUAAUGAC